UGCUAUUCCGCGAAACGGGUGCACCUGAACCUCGUCAAGAAGCACCCGAACCUACUGCCGGCCCGCCAGAAACGGCCGGCGCGUCCGCAGAGUUUUGGCGAUUCGCGCAAAGCUAUUAAGAUCUAUAGGGCGCUCAAGAAUACUCACUCGUCGGCGGCUACCGGUUCCCCGAGGGCUGGCAGCAGCGGUGGUAGGGCUCGUACAGUGAGCGCCAGUAGUCAGAGUCGGAGCGCCUGUGGUGGUGGUGGUAGGGCUCGCACUGUUAGUACGGAUAGUCGGGUGUAUCGCAAACCAACGCCAAAGUCGCGCCGCGAGGCCGAGGAUAAGAGGAGACGUACGUCCACUCCGAAGGCUAAGAAGUCGGCGAACAAUACGCUGGCGAUGAGUACUAAUGUGUCGGCGGAUGAGGUGGUGGUCGAUGGUGUCGUCCAUAGUAUGCUCGACGCUGUGUUAACCGAUGAUAAUAUGAGUCAAGAGAGCAAUACCGGCGCCAAUAAGGAUAGUCAGGAGCCGGCGAUGUAUAGCUCGGAUGUGUCCAUAUCUGAGAAUGAGUAUAACUUCUGCGAGUUUAGCGUCAGUUCCGACGACUCGGACACCGAUAAGGACUUCAAGCCUUCCGUGUACUACAAGAAUAAGAUUAAAAUACCGGUCAGUGUUAGGAUACACAUUUGGAAGAGUAUCAGAAGAUCUUCCAAAACACUGGCAAUUAAAUCGAAACUGUUUAAGACAGACAUUAGGGCUCAGACACAACACGUUCGCUGGCAAUCGGCACCCCUGAAGGCCAGUCGUCUCAAGGUUUUCGGCGACAACCCAUAUUUCUCAGUCGUAAUCCUCGCCCUCAUCUCCGUAGCGUCGGCACAGUUCGUGUCGAACUACCCGUCCACCUAUGGAUCCGUGAACCCGAUCGUCAGCCAGAACCUCGUGCCCCACGUCAACCAUAACUACCAAUAC